GAUAAGUCAUUUAGGUAGCGCAAAUUCCGCCCGAUUUGCCUGGAAACCCACCCCUAAAUGACCUUCGCACUAGGUAGCAUGGGACUGACCGUGGCAACGUCUCGAAUUCGUUAGUAUUCCAAGCACCACGAUCGAGAACAGACCGCAGAUGACGUCCGCCAGCGAUACAGAACCCACUGCAGCAUCGCUGCUCCAGCUGAAUGACGAUGUCCUGGCUUUGAUCAUCCGCCAGCUGAACGUUUACCAGCAGUUCCAAAUCGGCAGGUUGAACAGGCGACUGGAGAGCAUAGUGCAGAUGCUCUGGAGGACCCGUGUUCACAACGUUGUCCUGCAGGACGAGAUGUUCGGUCGCUCGGCAACCAAUUCCCGACAGUUUGUGGCUUUCAUUGUGGCCCUGGCUCCGCACAUGCAGCGCCUGAGCUGCCAGCAGUUGGAUGUCCGAAGACUGCGACUGCUUAGUAGCCACACCCUGGAGAGGAUUCACUCCUUGGAGUGGUUGGGCAAUGGACAUCGACGAGGACGCGUUCGCUUCGUGGACGAGGAUGUGCGACUGCUUCACCGGGUACUUCCCAACCUAAAGAGCCUCAAACUUAGGGGCUGCCAAAUCACCGGGAAGUACCUAUGCGACCUAGAGCACCUUACCGAUCUCCGCCUGGACGAUUGCCAGUUUCUGGAGUCGCAGCACUUCAGGGAUAUCUUCCGGCAGCUGAGACUGCGCAAAUUUGAUAUAAUGGAGGACUGUGACGAGGUGAAUUGCUGUGAUCUUGCGGAUCUGCAGCUGUGUCCGACACUGGAGCACAUCAAGAUUGCGGACUACCACCUGUGCAUGGAGUCGGAUAUUACGCAGCAGCUACUGAGAUUGCCACACCUGCGAAAGCUGUCGAUAUAUUCAAAAAACUUUGUCUUCGAUGUGCUAUCGAGGAUAGCUCGUCCUACCAGCCCUCCCGGAGCAGUCAGACUUAUUGAGGCCUUUCGUUUUAGUGGAGUUUUGCACGAUUAUGGAAGAUUCUUCAGGGAGCUGGGUAAUCUCAGGCAGUUGACGCGCCUGGAGCUGCAUGGCCAGCCGGAGGAGGAGGACGGCGAUCAGUUGCAGUGCCUGGAGGAUCAGAUGCUGCGGCAACUCGCCAGUCAAUUGCGUGAGCUAACCGAACUUCAUUUGUGUGGCUAUCAGUUGGAGAGUCCUUUGGGCCUGCUGGAAUUCGUCAUCAAUUGUCGACAGCUGAGAGUCCUCGACAUCACCAGAUCCAGGUGCCAUGGAGAGUCCUUCGUCUGGAGCUGCAUUGCCAUUUUGGCCAAGCAAAGGUGGCGAAGUCGUCCCCUGGAGUUGUGGAUCCGGCAUAGCGAUAUCAAUCCGGAAAUAGUUCAAAGUCCGCGCUGCCUGGACAACAUUAAGCUGAUACAGGUGGAUGCUAAACAGAUCGGACCCAACAUGGACUACACGUCUGGCGUCCUCAAGUUUAGCUUUGUGCGGUGACCCACUGUCCCAUGAUGGAUGGAAGACUGAAGGACCACCAACUUCUCGCAGCGUGCUAUUCUGGGAUAUGCUCCAACUGAUCAAGCUCAAAUUAAAAAGUUUUA